GGGUCCUGUCAAAGUCAGCUGAUCCGAAACUGACAGAUUCUGUGAUCAAAACAUAAAUUACAAAUUACUCCAAAAAAAAGUUAAAAACUCCUUGCUAAAAACUACUCAAACAACUAAUACAAAAAAAAAUUAUCCGUAUGCAUCUAUUCAGUUCAAUGUAAAAUGGCAGAAGCGAAUUCAAGUCAGGAUUUUAAAGAAACAAAAGAUUUUGAUUUGGAGUGUGCAGUUUGUCUUCAAACAUGCAUUCAUCCAGCUCAACUACCCUGCGGUCACAUAUUUUGUUUCCUUUGCGUGAAAGGAAUAGCACUCACAAUUAAAAAGUGUGCUCUCUGUAGGCAAAGUAUUCCUAGAGAUUACGUUGAUCACCCCACAUUGGUGAAAUGGAAUGCAGUGUUGGAAAAUUUGAAGGAUAUUGAUGGUCAGUACCAGUGGUUUUAUGAAGGUCGUAAUGGUUGGUGGCAGUACGAUGAAAGAACUUCUUUAGAUCUUGAAGCAGCUUAUAAAGUUGGUCAAGACAAAUGUGAAUUACUUAUUGCGGGAUUCAUAUAUAUUAUUGAUUUCCAGUCAAUGGUGCAAUAUAGACAAAAUCACUUGUCCCGUAGGAGGCGUAUCAAGAGAGAUUCAUCCACUAUUCCUAAAAAGGGUGUAGCUGGUUUGAAAACCGAUAAAAAUGAAGAUUGUGAACAAUUAACUACUUAUGAGAAGCAAAUACCAAUAACACCUUCUAAUACACCACAGAGUCCAAACAGUGAGAGUCAGUCUCUAGAGGAAGAAAGUAUUCUUGAUAGGUUUCGUUUUCUACAGUUGGGAACAACAAAUUUAUCAGAUGAAAGAAAUAAUAAUUCAAAUGAGAAUAUACUUAAUAGUAGUAGCCUUUGAUUGUAUCGAUUAUUAAUUAUGUAAAUAUGUUUAUUCCGUCCAAUAAAUAUUUUUUCAUAA